AUGGAUAUGUUUGCGGAAAGAUCCCCAUUACCUCCAUUUUGGGACUUGCACCCCUUUUAUAAGUCUUGGGAGGCAUCCAUGGAUAUGUGGCUCUGUAUGAAGCGAGCCAUCAUGACUGCCGAACGUGCCAAAAUGGCUUACGAGGAUGGUCGUUCAAAGGGCGCUGAGGCUAGCAAGGUGCUCUAG